AUGGCAUCCAGAGACGCAGGCGGCAGCCCCAGAUCCGCGCCGCGUCGCCAUGGGGCGGCGGCGCCCAAGGACGGCGCCGACCUGAUCAGCCCGCGGUUCCGGUCGGCCGCCGAGCUGGCCGGGUGGGACGAGGAGUCCAUCCUCCUCGCCGCGAUGGUCGUCGAGGACACCCCCGUCCGCGAGUCCCGUCGCAAGAGGCGGGCCUCCACCUCCUCCGCCGGCGGCAGCGCCGGAUCCAGCACCAGAAAGAGGAGGCCCCGUAGGCAGUUUCCGUCCAAGAUCCCGCCGGUGGUUCUCGCGCUCGACGACGAAGACGACAAGACGGACACUGGGGCAGACGGCAAAUCGGAAGUGAAGGCCGCCAAGGAGGGAGAGAAGGUUGUCCUUGUGGGCGACAAGGAGGCGUCAGGAUCUGGCGAGAAGGCAGCGGCCACCGGCAACAUGCCGUGUAUGGAUCGCCUCCGGGAGGAGCUCUCUUGUGCGAUUUGCCUGGAGAUCUGCUUUGAGCCGACCACCACGCCUUGUGGGCACAGCUUCUGCAUGAAAUGCUUAAGACAUGCUGCAGCCAAGUGCGGAAAACGGUGUCCAAAAUGCAGGCAAUUAAUCAGCAACUCAAGAUCGUGCACCAUCAACACCGUACUCUGGAACACCAUUCAGCUCUUAUUUCCUAGUGAAGUUGAGGCAAGAAAGAGUUCAACCUCAUCACCUUCACCAUGCGGCAAGGAUGUGAACCGUAGCCCACUGAGAGCUAAUAGGUUCUCACAAGGUGGCACCGGUAUGAGAACUAGAGCUAGGAGCAGCAGCAGCAGCUUCAUCACCGAAGGUAGAACAAGAAGCAGCUACAGGACCUUCAUCGAACCCGGCAGCACAACAAGCACCAACACUAGUGCGAACUUCAUCAGCACACAUGGCAGCACAAGAAGCAGUAACAGCAGGAGGGGCUUCGUCCCGGCCUCGCAGCUGAUGUUGCCAAGGAGCGCGGUAGGAUUAGACCAAUCUGAAGAUGCUGCGUUGGCUUACAGGUUGCAACAGGAGGAGUUCAUGAAUGCCUUUGAGGAGCCUGAGCAGGAGAGGCAGCCACGGAACGACGUGUCCACAGCAAGACACACGCUGAGAGAAAUCGCCUCCCGGGCCGUCCGCCUCCGUGCUCGAUUCUGGCCUGUUUAA